AUGGCGAAAAGUUGUGCUAUAAAUGCGGGAAACGAUGAAGUCCCAGGACUUGUGGAACCAAUUCUGUGUCAACCAUGUUUGAACAACGAUAAACAAUCGACAGCCGAAAAGUUUUGUUCUACAUGUGGUGAAUUCCAGUGUUUGGAUUGUUCCAACGUUCAUUACAAACACGAUUAUUUAAAAAGUCACAAGUUACUGAACGCGAAUGCAGCGAGAACGAAACAAGGCUCGUUUGAUAUGAAAGGAUUAGACCAAUGUGAUCAACAUCAGGAAGUUCUAAAAUUCUUCUGCGAAGAUGAGAAUCAGCUCUGCUGCAGUACAUGUGCUAUUGUUGAUCAUCGUAAAUGUCACAACGUUGUGGAAAUUCAAAAGGUCGCUGGAAGGUCAACCUACAGAAAUUCAUCUUUAACGGUUGAAUUAGAGAAAGUGAGACAGAAGGCUAAAUUGAUCGUUGCCAGCAUUGCCUCCUCAAAAGAGAAACUAGAUGAAGAUGUUAAAGAAAUACCAAAUAAAAUCAGGCGAAUGCGUAAUGAAGUAAUGAAAAUGUUUGACGAGUUAGAAAUUUCAGUUGUUAAAGACGUUAAAUGGUUUCAGAAAGAGACAUUAGAAAAGAUGACAAUGAAGCAGUCACAGAACGAGAAAUAUCUGGCUGAUAUAUCAACGUAUCUUGAAACCGUUAAUAAUGUGUAUCAGAGUGGAACUAUAGUACAACAAUUUAUAGUAGAGCAGAAGAUGAAGAAUGACAUCAUUGUUCUUGACCAAAAUGUCGAUGCAGAAUGCCAAGGCUUAGAGACCGUUAUUGUAAAUUUUGAUUUCGAUGAAACAUUAAAACUCCCCCCUCUACCAAUCACAGAUUAUGUUCCAGGACAACUGUCUCUAAAGUUCCAUCUGUCAGAAACAACCGACGCUCUAGCUCCUGUUAGCCAGGCAAUGAGUAUCACACGAGUCAAUUCCACUAAUUUAAAGCAGAAAAACAAUAAAGAAAAAGAACCAUUGUAUACAGGGAUUGAUUUCUUACCAGAUGGUAGACUUGUCACCGUUGAUAAUUUUAACAGGAAAUUCUUAGUUUACAAUGAAAAGCUUGAGAGAGUAGGAUCAUAUCAGUUAUCUUAUAUGCCCCAAUCUGUUGUUGCAGUAUCUAAAGAUGAAGUAGCGAUAACAAGUGAUGCUAAAUUAUUGGUAGACAUUCUACGUGUUAACAAAUCUAAUGACAUAACUUUAGAAAGAACAAUCAAAGUGACAACGAAAUAUGGCUCGAUUUGUCUAAAAGAUGAUGAACAUUUUGUUGGCGGGACAUUUGACCAUUCAACACCUGUUCUUAUCAUAUCAUCUAAAGGGAAAGAGAAAGAUUUCAAUAUCAACUUUCCAAACAAGGCAUAUCCUAUAGAAAAAAGCGCUUGCACUUACAUAAGGAGCAGUGAUAAAGUGGUGCUUACGGAUAGAGACGAGCAUACUGUCUACAUAUAUGACGUCAAGACAAACACGAGGGUCGUAGUGAAGGAUGAACAAAUACAGGAACCUUGUGGUGUAGCAGUUGGUCCCUCUGAUACUAUUUUGGUUUGUUGUAAUAGAACAAAUUCUAUUGUACAAGUCUCACAAACUGGCCAGAUCUUAUCAUCGUACAAGCUAGAUAUGAUAUAUCCGUAUAGACUAUGUAUCUCACGUGAUAAAUCACUUCUUGCAAUAACAAACUCAUGCGUUGGUAAAAUUAAACUACAGAAGUUUAAGAUAUCAUUCUAA